AUGUCUGCCUCCAACCUGACUCAGAGCAGGCCCGCAUUCUUCAUCCUGAAGGGCAUUCCUGGGCUUGAAGCCAUGCACGUGUGGAUCUCCAUUCCAUUCUCCUCCCUGUACUGUGCCACCAUCUUGGGGAACUGCACCCUCCUCUUUGUCAUCGGCACCGAGCGCUCUCUGCACAAGCCCAUGUACCUCCUCGUCGCCAUGCUGGCGCUCACCGAUCUGGGCAUGUCCACCACCACCAUCCCCAAGGUCCUCUGCAUCUUCUGGUUCAACUGGACCAGGAUCAGUUUUGAGGGCUGCCUCACCCAGCUCUUCUUCAUCCACUCCAUCUCGGCCCUGCAGUCAGCCAUCUUGACGACCAUGGCCUUCGACCGCUACAUUGCCAUCUGCCAGCCCCUGAGGUACACGUCCAUCCUCUCCAAUGGGCGAAUUGGCCUGAUCGGGCUGGCAAGCCUGGUGAGAGCCACCCUCUUCAUCCUCCCCAUGCCCCUCCUCCUUCAGAAGAUGUCCUUCUGUGGGCACAGGGAGAUCCCCUACACCUACUGCGAGCACAUGGCCGUGGUGAAGAUGGCGUGCGUCGACACCAGGGUUAACCGGAUGUUUGGCCUGGCCAUUGCCCUGGUGGUGGUGGGCCUGGACCUUUCGGCCAUCGGUUCUUCCUACGCCUUGAUCCUGAGGGCAGUGCUGCGUCUCUCCUCCCACCAGGCCCACCACAAGGCCGUCCACACCUGCACCGCGCAUGUCUGUGUCAUGCUGACCUCCUACACGCCCUGCCUCUUCUCCUUCCUCACCCAUCGCUUUGGCCAUGGUAUCCCUCCUCAUGUCCACACCAUCCUAGGCAACCUCUACUUCCUGUUCCCACCCAUGUUGAACCCCAUCAUUUAUGGUGUCAAGACCAAGGAGUUCUGGGACAAGGUGGCAAAGUACAAGUGCUGGAGGCCAGCCCCUUGA